UGGAUCGUGUCGGUUGGGGAUCGCUCCCGUGUUCGUUUCGGUUCUUGUGGCGAGAAAUCUUAUGGCAAGCCAAACAGCAGUGAUAUAAAUCUUGUGCGUGAUCCAAAAAUAACGCCCAGAAAAUAUCUGCAAAAGGGGGACAAAAACAGAGCGCGUGCCAAGUGCUCAAGUGAAAAUGUUUACGCGCAGAAGGCACCAAAGUUAAUCAGUUCGAAAAAGAAAAGUCCACGGCGAGUGAUUUAUUUUAAGUGUGGUGCAAUCGUUACUGAAUGAAAAAUAAUCGAAAACAUUUCGAUUUGUUUGUGCAAAACCGCAGCCAGUGACAAACGAAAAUAAAGUCCCUGCCAAAAUUGUUUUGCGCAUCUUCGGGGCAGAUCAAAGAUAAAACAAAUCAAGCGCAAAUUGCAGACGAAACUUUAGCUGGAAAUGAAAUUAAAUACGGAAAGGAACUGGACAAAGGAGCAUGCUAAAUACUGCAAGUAAAUAAAGUGUCGAAACUAUUUAAGGCGCUCAAAGAAAAUCCAUGUAAAUACGGAGUGCGGAAAAUGUGAGCCGUUCGGUUGGACACAACAAAGAGGGAAAACAGCGAAAAGCCCGGGAAAAGAACAAUUAACCAAACGGGAAAGACAAACACGGGCGGAAUGUGAAAACUUUGGCCGGAGCAGAGAGUGUAAGGCCAAAAUUAAUAUCGAAAAUAGCAGGAAGCAGCAGGAAAGCAGAAGGCAAGUCCCGGAGGCGGAAAAACAAAGCCAUGAAGUUUCGUUUGGCAGCAUUUUGGCUAUUUCUGCUCACAGUUGGCGGCAAUCACAUGCAAUUAAGCCAAGUUCGCUCGUGGGGCGUGGCCGCCGAAAAGCAGCUGCACAAAGGAAAUGAACUGGAAAACGCAAUGAAAUUGCGUGAAACCUCAAAGCAAACACGGGUUAUCGGGGACAUCACGACGACAAUUCAGCCGGAUCCAGGCAGAUCAAUUGGCCAUCAGGCAGUGCGACGUGCCAAGGCCCCGCCGCCCAAUUUGGAGCUGCAUUUCAGGCAGAGCCUGGGCAGGCUUUUCGCCUCCGACGAUGAAACAACCCAUGGACAGACAACCAAUGGCACUGACAGCCCCUCGGCCGCAGUUUUGGCCACCGAUAAAAGCCGCGACGAGGCGACAACCACUCAUCACCCGGGGCGGCGACAUGUGGUCCCCGAUAAGCUGCAGUACACCCAGGAGAUCCAGGUGAAGCAGGGUCGCCUCAUGGGCAUCACGCGUCGCUUCCAGGUGACCAGCGGACUGCGCCAGGUGGACCAGUUUCUGGGGCUGCCCUACGCGGAGGCGCCCACCCGCAAUCGACGCUUCAUGCCGCCAGGUGCCGCCUUGCCCUGGCAGGGCUUGAAGAUAGCGCGCCAUCUUCCGCCAGUAUGUCCACAGAAACUGCCAGAUCUUUCGCCCCACGGCAGCGAGAAUAUGUCCCGCGGUCGUCAUAAGCACCUGAGUCGCCUACUACCGUACCUGCGAACGGAGAGCGAGGACUGUCUGUAUCUCAAUCUGUAUGUGCCACACGAAGAACCUCAGAGUGUUCCCCAGCAAUAUGCUGUCCUGGUCUAUCUGCACGGUGAGUCCUUCGAAUGGAACAGCGGCAACCCGUACGACGGCUCCGUCUUGUCCAGCUAUGGAGAGGUGAUUGUGGUCACCGUCAACUACCGACUGGGUGUUUUGGGAUUUCUGCGUCCCAGCAUCGAUGCGCAUAAUAUAGCGAAUUACGCCCUGCUCGAUCAGAUUGCGGCGUUACACUGGAUCAAGGAGAACAUUGGUGCCUUCGGCGGCGACAACUCGCGGGUCACUCUGAUGGGUCACAGUACUGGGGCGGCGUGCGUCAAUUACCUAAUGGUAUCGCCGGUGGCCUCAGGCCUCUUCCACCGGGCCAUCCUCAUGUCCGGAUCCGCGAUGUCCGACUGGGCCGCCAGCAAUCAGUCGCUGCAACUGACCAUGCAAAUAGCCCAUGCCCUCGAAUGUCCGCUCAACGAGCACGUGGAGGCUGAGGACGAUGAUGUCCUGCUCGAUUGUUUGCGCCAUCGUCGCUACCAGGAUAUCUUGCACAUACCGACGGCGCUCACACAAUUUUCAACAUCAUUGGGUCCAAUUGUCGAUGGACAUGUAAUACCAAAUCAACCGUACAAGGUCAUGGGGCAUUAUACGGAGCACUUCAGCCGUUAUGAUUUAUUAUUCGGCAUCACGGAGUCAGAAUCCUAUCACACACUGGCCGCAUUAGCACUCGAGGAAGGAUUACGUGAAAAUGAACGCGAUAAUUUAUUGCGCUUCUAUAUGCAGAGCCGCUUUGAUGUACGCCCCGAUUUGGCAUUGGCUGCCACGCUGAAGAAAUACCAGGACAUGUACAACAAUCCGAUUAAGGCCACUAAUUUGGAGCAUCGUGACGUGGUCCUGGACAUACUGUCCGAUGCCCGAGUGGUCGGCCCGCUGCUGCAGACGGGGAUGUUCCACGCGGAUGUCAAUCGGCGCAAUUAUAUGUACGUAUUUGGCCAUAACAGCGCGACGGGACCGUUUGCCCACUUACCGCAUAGCAUUAUGGGCGAGGAAUUGGCGUUUAUCUUCGGGGCUCCCUUGGCCCCCGCAGGUCCCUUUCCCAGCGGCAACUACACGGUGCAGGAAAAGCUGCUUUCCGAGGCGGUAAUGGCAUAUUGGACGAAUUUCGUAAAGACCGGCAAUCCGAAGGCCCCGUGGAAGGGCGUCUUCCUCAACUCACAUGCCCUCGAGUGGGAUCGCUACGAUCUGGACUGGCCGGAAUUCAAUAGGCGGACUCAGGCGUAUCUAAAUAUAGGCAUUCCGCCGACGGUGGGCUACAAGUACCGUCAGAUUUACAUGAAUUUCUGGAACAAAGAGCUGCCGGACGAACUGAACCAGAUAGCGGCCAUUCAGGAGCAGCUGCAGGGGCCGGGUCAAGAGGUGAUCACGGGUCACAUGAGCAAGUACGGCCCGAGGGACCAUGGGGCCGAGGACCCUGUGAGAACGUUGAAGCUGCUCCUCCAAGAACCCAGUCUAGCGGGUCCCACGCAGAGUGGCGAGUCCACGGAAACGGCGGCGGAGAACAUGUACAAUGCCCCGCCCACUUUCGGGCAUGUGCACAAGAUGCAGGGUGGCAGUGACUUCGAUGACCUGGUGACCUCCACAAGUCCGCUGGAGAGCGGCGAGGAUCAUCAGCAGCAGUCGCCGCCGGAGACGGUGGCCAAGUCGGAGGUCACCACGCAACUGCUGAUCGCCCUGAUAGCCAUCAUAAUAGUUCUCAAUCUGCUGAUCUAUGGCACCUUUCUGCUGCGCCAGCGUCGUCGAAGGGCCAAGGCUCUGCCCUUCCCGGCUCCCAAGCUGGGCGGAACCAUCCUCAGCUACGACGGGGCCAACGACGAGGAGCUGAAGCGGUGCAGUAAGUCCCGCGAUGGCGACGAUAGCUUCGUUCUGGAGAUGACCAGGAAAUCGAACACUUACGAGGCCAUUAAAACGGGCCAGAGAUCGCUCAGUUGCUCCACCGUGGACACGCACACCAAGGUCUGUGAAUGGAUGUCGGGUCAGGAGGCGCCGAAACCGGGAAGCUUCAACACGGCCACGCCGCCUCCUCAGCCGAUCCUCACCGAUGGCAGGCUGAUCAUUUGCCAGGACAUAGAGGUGGCCGAUGCGGCCCUGCUGAUCCCCCAGCACAUGCACGAGCCGCAGCACUACGAGAUGCUGCUGCAAAGACAGCAUUCUGCCCUCACCGAGCCCAGCGAUGACAUCCUCCAGCAGCAGCCGUAUUCCCUGAGGAACCACUCGCACUCCCACUCGGAUCCGGUGGACAUGAUCCUGGCCGCCGACGAGCAGGUCACCAGUUUUGUGCACGCCGACGAUGUGGACAUCAAUGUGACGAGCAGAGAGGACUCGGAUGGCCUGGAGGUCAUUCCCCUGACGGCUGCCCAGCAACUGGAGCUUCUGCGGCAGCGCAACUAUCCCAAGGUCCUGCCCACGGAUCACGAUUUGAUGGGCAGCAGCUACAAGCGGAACUCCCUGCCGCCGCAGAACUUCAACGCCCCCCUGCCGCCGCCGAGAACCAUUAGCAACACUCUGGGCAGGAGGCGCAGGGACAGCAGCAACAUCACCACCUCGCCACUCCAGGUGGCGAGGGACGAGGAUGAGGAGCUGAAGGAGCCGCAAAUCUCGCUGAACACCCUCAUUGUUGGACCCAUUGUUCCCAAAUCGCCGGCCUCCAGUUUGAAGCGAGUGAAGAGAAUGCCCGAGUCGGCGGCCAUGACGGCGCUCAGCGGAUCAUUUCAGUCCUUCGAGUCCGUGCCGCCGGCCCACGAGACCACGCCCCCCCAGGGCGAGCGGACCGAGUGCAUUUACGCCAUUAAGCCGAGUCCUGGAAGUCCUGUAAGUUGCAGCUGGACGGCGCCCAAUGGCGAUUUGUAUGCGCAGCCCAUGAAAUCGCCCUCGAGGAGCUCGCUCAUUCCCAGGCCCACCAAGCAGCAGGUGGAAUCGCCAUCCCCGCCGGGGGUAGCAACUGGAGCGGCUGGGGAAUCUCCUGGAGCAACGGCACCAACGGCCGCAACAAGCCGCAUUCCUCAAUUGCAGCGUCAGGCUUCCGGCAAGGAUUUGCAGGCAGAAACCGCAAACCCCUUGGGAUGCCAGCAGCGAACCGAUUCCACAAUAUCAUCGGGCUCGUCGGCAUCCAAUGCCUCGACCACGGACUCAUCCAACUCCUACUCGUCCUCCUCCUCCUCGUCCACUGGAACCGUACGCACCGAGCUGCAGCAGUUCCAGCCUCCGCCGGGGCGAAGCAUUACGACCAAUAUAUAGAAACUCCGGGGAGCGGCUGCCAAGAAGUCCUUCAGAACAUCCCGCCGUGCCCGCAAUGCGGCGACAGACAGCUGCCUGCCAAAUCCUAUCCGCAUCCCAUCUCUCCGGUUUCUUUGGUCUGGAAUUUUAUGGGGCCUGCGUAAAUUUAAUAAUACAUUUCGGUGUAAAGUUUAUCUUUGACUUGGCGGCAUUGCUCGUGGUUACAGCUCCGACUGCUGGCCUUCUGGCUUUUGUGCGAGCAAACUUUCUGCCGGCGUAAAUUAGUUAAGAAAAUUGCACUGGAGGUUGCCCUGGAGAUUGCAGCGAAGGUUUGCGAUAUCGAAAUAGGCAACGAUUCCCGUAAAGGAAACUAAUUUCCCGGAGAAGAAUAUUGCUUUGAUAAAGUCUCUUUAACAAGUUGCUCGGCAAUAUUUACAAAUCACUUAAAACCGUUUAUUAGCUUAGACCCAAAGAUGGUAAUUGAUUUUAUUUAUAAGUUAAUUGGGUUGACUGUUUUAUUUGUCUAGCAUGUUAGUUUGUAAAUAGAAUGAAAAAUGAAUAUAAAUUCAAAUUUAUUUUAUUACGGUUAAGGGAAAAUCUUAAAAAAUGUUUAGUUUGAAAAUAAUUUAGUGAGGAAAUAUACUCGAAAUAUCCAAAAUUAGCCACAGUAUUUACAAUAAUAUCGUUAAAUAAUUAGAAAUAAAUAACAAGAAAAUAAAAUGAUAAUUUCAAUACUGAUUACACAUAAUUUAAGUUGAAGCAAACAAGGGACACGAAAAAAGUGUUUUAAUUGUACCAAAGUCCCAAUGCCAAGUAUUAAAUAAAUAAGGUUAACCAUAAGCCAACAUGCGAACUU